AUGCCACUUUUGAGAGGUGGUAGGUACGCCGUUACUAGGACAAAAAAGUAUCUUGAUGCCGGUAGAAUCAUUUUUCGUGAAAACAUAAAAGUUAUGAUUAUUAAUACCUUGUCCCAAGGCAAAAUAUCGGAAGGAGCUCGCGAGUUUAUCCGAUGGCACCUACCUCCUCUUCAAUACAAAAAUCCCGAUGUGCAAAUAGUUACUUUUCGAGACAUUUGUCCUACUCCUUUUAUAAAGUUCUACCUAUCAGAUGGUAGAGAAUUAGACGUCGAUUGUUCCUUUCAUACCGCUGAUAGUAUUCAAGACCAUAUUGCGGCUGUUUACGCCAAAACCUAUGAAACAAUAAAGAGGGAGGAAGUUGAAAAUCAAAAAAUUGUGAAUCCGGCAAAUUUUGGGGCGAAGUAUCCACGACAGUGCAUAUGCGAGGUAUACGGUCAGGUUCCUUGCUCAUCUCAGCAGGGUAGACCGAGGCCGUGGGAGGGUCAGGAACCUAAUUUACCCCCCAUGUCGGAGUAG